AUGCCUAAGUCUUCCAGUGGAAUUACGCAAAGUCGUAAAAAUAAACCACUGAAGAGAGUUUCGCCUCAUUGGCGUAGUACAUACCCGAUUUCAUUAAGUCAGUUACAAAAAAAGCGUGACGAAUUUUGGGAUACAGCUCCAGCGUUUGAAGGAAGGAUUGAAAUAUGGAAUGCUUUAAAAGUGGUAGCAGAUUUUUUUGAGAAACAGGAUUAUGAUAUGGCACAAGCCAUUUUAGACGGUGCAUGUAUUACUCUACCAACUGGAACAUUAUGUGAUUGUUAUGAUGAACUUGGUGCACGUUAUCAACUCCCUUUGUAUGUUCUCAGUCAACCAAGUAAUCUAAUAUCUGACCAUUCGACAUCGGAUACACAAAGUAUGCAUUCACAGCAACACCAAAAUAAUAACAAUGCCUCGCCUUUACUUAGAAAUUCAAAUAUUAUUGUACAUAAUACUACUCAUAAUAAUAAUGGCAGUAGUAUAAGUAGUAGUGCUAACAGUUCAAUAAUUCCUUCAAAUCAACAAUGUGAUUAUAUCAGACCGGGUAGUAAUCAUACAUCGAAUAAUAAUGAUAUCUGUGGAUGUUUAUCUUUAUUCACGUCAUUAUGUCAUAGAAAUAGUACUACUACUAAUCAUAAUCUUAGAAAUCGUAACCGACGAACAUCUACGCGUUGGUUCCAGUGGAAUUUUAAUCCAUGCCGUCGACGUGUAUAUAAUCAAUCAAUGUGUGGUGGAUUUAUCACCUCAACAACAACAACAGAUGUAAACUCUUCAACAUUAUUAUCACCGACGGCGGCAGCAUCGUCGUCGUCGCCAUCGUCAAAUUGUCUUAAUCUACGUUUAUCUACAGGGGAACAAUUCACACUGGAAAUUGAUAAUGAAAAUAUGACUAUAUUAGAAAUAAAACGUUUAUUCGCCGCAUUAUGUGGUUGGCAUGAAUUACGUCAACGUUGGUUUGUCUAUGGUCGAUGUUUACCGAAUAAAUUGCUGUUGAAAGAAUGUUAUAUACCCAAAGGUUUUAUUAUUCAAGUGAUUGUACAUUCACCCUUUGAUCCUGAAUGUUUAUGGAAACGAGGAAAUAAUAACAGUAAUGAUAAUAAUAAUAAUAAUAAUACUGGUGAUAAUAAUAAACCGACAACGAGCAAUACUUCAACCGAUGAAGUAAUUUCUACAUCAUAA